AUGCCCCAACGUCAUGCCGUGCAGAUGUCCACCAGCCACGCCACCUACGGCGUCUGCGUCCUGGGGACUGAGGUCUUCCUCGACAUGCGCCGAUCUACCCCCAAAGGUGCCACAUCAUUUGAUGUCCAUGCCACCUCUGCAGUCACAGUCCACAUCAUCCACAGCCCCAUGACCAAGCCCAUGAUCAACUCCAGAUGGCCUCUGGACCCUGAUAUUGAGGUUAUUGUGACCAUUGAUGUCACCAGCAGGAGUGUCAAUGACAAUAAGGUGAAGAUUUCCUACUACGGCCGGGAAGGCAAUGAGCUCUCCGUGGCUUGGUUGUACCUCACCUGUGUGGAGGUAUCCCUGGAUGUGGACCUGAACCGUAAUGGCAGAGUGAAGAGCAAAGGGAAGGACAAGGACAAGUGGACAUGGGGUCCAGAUGGGCAAGGUGCUGUGCUGCUGGUCAACUGCGACCGGGACAGCCCCGGUGCGGGAGGGACAGACAGCAGCCAGGCAGACGUAUGGAGCCCUGCAGACCUUCAGGACAUGUCCAUCAUGCUGCUGCGGACCCAGGGCCCCAGCGCUGUCUUUGCUGAGUACCAGGUGGUGCUGCACGUCCCCGAGUCGGACGCCGACAAAGUGCGGGUGUUCCACGCUGGCCGGAAUGACUCCUACUACAAAGCUGUGCUGGGGCCAGACAAGCUCUCCUACGUGCUGGACCACGUUGGCAAUGGAGAGAACACCUUCUACGUGGAGGGCUUGGCCUUUCCUGAUGUGGGCUUCUCAGGCUUGGUUUCCUUCAGUGUCAGCUUGCUGGAGGUCACCCAUCAGAACUCACCAGGCACCCCCAUUUUCACUGACACAGUGGUGUUCCGUGUGGCCCCCUGGAUCAUGACACCCAACACCCAGCAGCCUCUGGAGGUUUUUGUCUGCAGCAUCCAGUGGGGCUCAGACUCCAACGAGGUGUUUCUGGAAGGGCUCCGUGGCCUGCUGAGGAAAGCCAACUGCAAGCUGACCAUCUGCUCCGAGCUGGAGACUCGCAGCGACCGCUGGAUCCAGGAUGAGCUGGAGUUUGGCUACGUGGAAGCACCACACAAGACCUUCCCUGUUGUCUUUGACUCCCCCAGGAACAGAGGCUUGAAGGAUUUUGCCUUUAAAAAGAUCCUGGGCCCUGAUUUUGGCUAUGUGACCCGGGAGCCUCCUGGGAAAGCCAUCACCAGCCUGGACUCCUUUGGCAACCUGGAUGUCAGCCCCCCGGUGACAGUGCGAGGGAAGGAGUAUCCCUUGGGAAGGAUCCUCAUCGGCAGCCCCCUGCCCUGGGCCUCUGGCCGGCGGAUGUCCAAGGCCAUCAGGGACUUCCUCUACGCGCAGAAGGUGCAGGCACCGCUGGAGGUCUACUCGGAGUGGCUGAGCGUGGGCCACGUGGAUGAAUUCCUCACCUUUGUCCCUGCUUAUGACAGGAAGGGAUUCCGACUGCUGCUGGCCAGCCCCAACGCCUGCUACAAGCUCUUCAAGGAGAAGCAGAGGCAGGGCCAUGGGGAAGCCACGCAGCUGGUUGGGCUGAAGGGCACAGAGAGGAGAAGCAUUGAUGAGAUCCUGGUGGACGAGUCCUUGAGGAAUGACAACAGGCAUGUGCAGCGCUGCAUUGACUGGAACCGCGACCUGCUGAAGCAGGAGCUGGGGCUGAGCGAGCAGGACAUCAUUGACAUCCCCCAGCUCUUCAUCCUGAGGGGCUCCCGAGCUGAUGCCCUCUUCCCUGACAUGGUGAACAUGCUGGUGCUGGGCAGGCACCUGGGCAUCCCCAAGCCCUUUGGCCCGGUGGUGGGUGGGCAGUGCUGCCUGGAGGAGCGAGUGAGGGCACUGCUGGAGCCCCUGGGCCUCACCUGCACCUUCAUUGAUGACUUCUUCUCCUACCACGUCCUCUGUGGUGAUGUCCACUGCGGCACCAACGUCCGCCGGAAGCCCUUCGCCUUCAAGUGGUGGCACAUGGUGCCAUGA